AUGUACGAAGAGCGCAAAAACGAGUCACUUGAGCAGAAACGCGCUCGGCUACUUUACCAAAGUCGGAAACGAGGCACUCUGGAGAAUGAUCUGCUGUUGGCAAGUUUUGCGCACAAGCACCUGCCGACGAUGAACGCGGAAGAGCUAGACAAGUACGACUACCUGAUCAACACCAUCUCCAAUGAAUGGGACAUUUACUACUGGGCCGUUGGCGUCAAAGAAGUGCCUGAAGAGUAUCGCAAUUCUAUCAUGACCAAGUUUAUAGAGCAUGUGAAAAAUGAAAACCGCGAACAACGCUUUCGCCAGCCGGAAUUGUGA